AUGGUUCGGGAGAAUUUGGAUGAUGAGAGUCUUAUGGUAAGUGGCGAUGCAGAGCGGAUGUACCUUUUUGACCGCAUUCAGAAACAGAAAGCAAUGGAGAAGCAACAAGGGGUGAAAUUUGUGUCGCGCAAGGGUCUUCCCACGCCAUCCGUGGAAGAACUACAGUCAAUCCGUGAUCGACGAGGGAAACAGGCCGACAUGAUGAGAAUGAAGAGACAUGUGGAAGCAGUAGAGCGUCGCAAGGUGAUGUGGCGCGACUAUGUUUCGUAUGAACCUCGGGGUUGUGGGGUGGAGCAAACCCAUUCUACACACGUCGCCACAACUAGUCUGGAAGGGCGCGCGGUGGUUCUUUCGCCCCUUCUGGCGUUGUUUCGCAUGCUGGUCUGCAAUAACCGCGCCAAAAAACGGCUUGAGAGACUUCGCGAAGGACGAUCACUGCUUUUGCCUGAGGUGAUGUUCGGCUGCAAUGAGGGUAAAACUGUUGCAGAGGUGGCGAGCAUUGUGGAUGAACACAUGACGGUGGUGCCAGCUUGUGUUAAUCGAGGAGGCCCGCUACCGAAGUUGUUUUUGGUGACAGGCUCAUUCGAUGCGAAACCCCUUCGGAGCCCGUUUGUUUUUCUUUCGAAACAGUACAGAACAGAACGUCUGCCGGAGUUUUCUCUCAAUUUGAGCCAGGCAGUCAGUAAGGAGUACGCUGCAUACGUGAAGCGUGAUUACAAGGAAUAUUCCGCCGUAACACUUUCGGAUUUUGCGCAACCACCUAUAGCAAUUGAAGCAUUUGAUGUAAAUAAGAGAGCAUAUGAUGUGGCCCACAGACGAAAUUUCGUGUUGGGGUACGAUAACUUUAGCACUGCGGCUCGACAAUCACAACCUUUUCCUCGUGGCGAGAAGCGAGAAGAGGUAAAUAAAACCGAUGACGUGAUGAAUGGUAUUGGGCUCUCACAGGAGCUCUCUCAUCUUGGUAUCCCUUCGGAACUAGCGGGGCCCCUGCCUGAAGACUCCAUGAGCGGAAGUGACGACGGGGACUUUUCUUCACCGUUUCAGGCGGAUAUUUCUUGGUUGCCAUUGUCUUCCAUGGUAAAAAAGAGUGAUGGUGAGGACUCACUGGGGUCGUGA